AUGCCAUUCCUCAUGAGUGGCUUCUGGUUAUCGCGAACGGCUUCAGUGGUGCGAGCCGCUCCUGCCCUGGCACGUCCAGGCAGGUUAGGGUUCAUCCGAGAAUUAACAACGACUCCGAAUGCGAAAAAAUUGCCAUUGGCAGGAGUUCGCGUGUUGGACAUGAGUCGGGUAUUGGCUGGGCCAUAUUGCACGCAAAUACUGGGCGAUCUAGGCGCAGAGAUUAUCAAAGUCGAACACCCCGUCCGAGGCGAUGAUACACGCGCGUGGGGACCGCCCUUCGCAGCCUACAAGGACGGUCGAGAGGGAACUGGCGAAAGCGCAUACUACCUUUCUGUCAAUCGCAACAAGAAAUCACUCGGUCUAUCUUUUGCCCACCCAGAAGGCGUCGAAGUUCUGCAUCAACUUGCCCGCGACUGCGACGUCCUAGUCGAGAACUAUCUCCCGGGCUCUCUAAAGAAAUACAACCUGGACUACGAAACAAUCCGCAAAAUCAACCCACGUCUCAUAUAUACAAGUAUCACAGGUUAUGGACAAACAGGCCCCUACAGCAACCGGCCUGGAUUUGAUGUAAUGGUGGAGGCCGAGUUCGGCCUCAUGCAUUUGACUGGCACGCGCGAUGGUCCGCCGGUCAAGGUUGGCGUUGCGGUGACUGAUUUGACGACGGGGCUAUAUGCGUGCAACUCGAUUAUGGCGGCGUUGUUGGCGCGCGCGAAUACGGGAGAGGGUCAACAUCUUGAUGUUUGUUUAAGUGAUUGUCAAGUUGCCACGCUGGCGAAUAUGGGGGAGUCGGUGUUGAUCAGUGGGGAGAAGGAUUCUGGGAGGUGGGGGACUGCUCAUCCGUCUGUUGUCCCGUAUCAGGGUUUCAAAACUGCGGAUGGGGAUAUCUUUGUUGGAGGUGCUAACGAUCGUCUAUUUGGGAUUCUGUGUGACAAGAUCGGCAAGCCAGAGUGGAAAACUGAUACCCGCUUCGUGUCCAACAAUGAACGAGUCAAUAACCGAGCCGCGCUGGAGCCUUUGAUUGAAGCUGAACUGGUCAAGCGCACGACAAAACGGUGGCAGGAGAUCUUCGAGGGAAGUGGGCUGCCAUAUGCCGCCGUGAAUGAUAUUCAGGGAACGAUGAACCAUGAGCAUGUGCAGGCUCGUGGUAUGGUGCAGUCUAUUGACCACCCGGCUUGCGGUUCGAUCAAGGUUAUUAGCCCCCCUGUGAAGUAUUCUAAUGCGGAGCCUAGCAUUCGUAGCCCGCCUCCUUUGCUCGGGGAACAUACGAAUGAGGUACUUCGCGACAUUGGAAUCAGUGCUGAGCAGGUUGAGGAGCUGCGAGGCAAGGGUGUGGUUGCAUAA